AUGGAAUCAAUCAAAAUUGUAUGGCACGAUCCCAAUGUCUUUGGCACCGAAAAUUCUAAAUAUAUCACACAAUUUUUAACUCAAAUAGACUACCGAGCCUUUACGACUGUUUUCGAAACUGUCCAAUUUUUUUCUUCAACCAAUGACAGAUGGAUUCUUGUUACAUCAGGCACAAAUGGUCAAAGCCUUGUUCAGCAAGUCCACAGUUCUCCAGCUGUAAUUGGCAUCAUAAUAUUUUGCAGGAGUAGCAGAUACCACAUGCAGUGAUCGUCUGCUUUCUAUAAAGUGAAAUUAGUAGAAUCCACUCGCUUUAAAAAUGUUUUAGACCAAGCUAAAAUUAUUAUGAAUCAGUCAGAAGUUACUCGCAUUGAAUCCUUCACGGAUAUUGCAAAGAAUAAAAAUAUGAGAUGAUCGCUAAUGCAUUUGAAAUAA